CUCUACUGAUCUUUACGAAUUUUCCACCACCAACCAUGCAAGGAUUUUGCAGCCAGUUUUUUCGAAAGCUGCUGAAAAGCAACCAGUUGCGUCUAGUUGAUCCUAUAAUUCAAGCUAGACGUACUUUUGUAACUACUCAUCCUUUACAUAAUAACCUUCAUUCAAGCUUUACACCCGAUACUCAGCGACACAUAAAGAGCAAUUCAUCGGUUUUGCUAGAUGAACUGAAUGCCCAACUACAAGCUAGAAAGUAUAAGGAAAGCGUUGCCACGUUCGCUGGUCUCAAACCAUUAGGAGUCUUGGAUUCAUUUACGCUGACUAGAUAUAUUACAUUCCUUGUAAACCGUUCCAAGGGUAUUCGCGGCCGUGGAUCCGUUGAUAAAAACACAUUAGAUAAUCUAGACGAUAUAUUAAAGUAUGCUAUUGAACACCAAGAAGUGGCCACAGCUCAGUUUUGGUCAAGCAUGAUCAAGUCCUACAUCGAUUUGAAUCUUUACGACAAAGCCUCCUUGAUUGCCGACAUGGCAUUGAGCCACAUCGAGUACUUGCAUAAUGACACGAAGGUCCUUUCCAGUCUUUAUUUAUGUAUAUUACAUGCCAAGUUGCUAAACAACUCAACUUUUGAUCAGUGUAGUCAAAUUGGGUCAAGAAUUCAUGAGCAUCUUGGUGGACGAGAAGCUAUUGAUGAAUUAGUGGCUGUAUAUUUGAUUUACGCAGUGUUCCCUGAUCCUGCAAUUCAGACGAAAGCUCACCAAGCUCUCGUGAAUUUGAAGGGAUUAACUUCCUAUCAUUCUGAAAUUAUUCUGUCUGUACUCGCUCACAAGGAGUACUUUGAUGACGGUUCUAAGUAUUUGCUUAAGUCCAAUUUGAAUGACUACAAUCUCCCCUCAGUAUACACGACAGUAUGGUUUAUGCAAAAGAUGUUUGAACACGAGCAAUCUGUCUGGCCAUUGAUGCCAAUUUUGGAAUAUCACCUUGAGGUUUCACCACGCAACGUUAGUCGCUUGACGAAUUGCAUCCUUAGUUUAGCUCUCAAGCAGCCCAUCGGUAAUGAGAAAGAUCGUGGAAAGGUCGAAAAAUUUAUCAAUAACUUGCUCAACCGUGUUUUUGAAGAGAAGCGCUAUGAGCCAACUAUUGCUACUGCAAACGCUCUGUUUACCGUUGCUUCCCGUUUGCGUGAUGAGAAGUGGCUAUUUACUGCUCUCGAUUUGAUUUCCAAUUAUGAACUGGAGCCAUCUCAUGUAACCUAUCGCUCUUUGUUAAUUACAUAUACGAAUUUGCCCAGUACUUUUGAGCAAAUUAUUCAAACUUGGAGACAACUAGAAACUCUUUUUACGGAACGCUCGUUGCCAAUAACAGAAAAGGAACUUUCUAUUCUUUCUAACUGUGUAAACUCUCAACCAGAGCGUGAAAACCAAAAUGCCUGCUUGGAAUUUCUUGAACAACAGCUCAACAAAUACGUGACAAAGAAAGUAACUGCAUAGAUUUCAAGUUUUGUUAUAAUCUUUUUGACGUUUAGUUUACGGUUGUCUUUUGGUGACAUUAUUUACAUUUACGCAACUUAAAAUUAUAAUUGGCUUUUAUGGUUCCGUCUGAUUGUUGUUCUUUUGGAUUUUAGCUAUGACUCUCAUACAGUUUCUCGGAAAAUUUAGUAUAUAUGGCUGACUUUCAUCUGCUUUCAGUGCUAUGGGGAAGAGUAAAAUCCAAUGGCCCGCAUAACUCCCAAAAUUAAUUUGUACAAUUGGUCUGCUAGGAAGCAAGUAAUACUCCCUUCUUUAUUAAACUAAUUUUUUUUCUAUUUUUUGAUUACAGCAAUCCUUUGAAUGUUUAAUAUACCUCAUAAAUAAGAAUAGAAGUGAAUUUACCUAAGAUAUAUUUAUUACUUCCAGUUGUUCAAAAGCUUCCUUAUUCUUUUG